AUGCUUGCUGACGUCGACGAUACGAUACUUAGUGUGGACGAGAACGGGGAGACAGUAGACGAACUACUAGAAGCAGAUAUAGUAGACGAUUCCCCUACACUAGAAAAAUGUGCAGAUGAUGUAGAGCUCAUGCUAGCAAUUGGAGAUGAUUCCUGGGAACUAAAGGAUGAACUGAUAGACAAGGACGAGCUCGCAAGUGUGGAAGAAGGAAUGGAUGAUGAACUCGCGCUGCUAGACGAUAAGCUCUCAACACUGGAUGCUGAUGCAACACUUGAAGGACUCUCAACGCUGGAAGAUGAUCCUACGCCUGAUGAGCUCGCAACUGUUGAGGAAGAAACAGACGAUGCGCUCUCAACGCUAGAAGACGCUACGCUUGAAGAGCUGGCAAGUGUUGAGGUAACAGAUUCUGUUGUGGUGGUGGUAGUGAAGGCUGCGGCAGUGGUUGUGCCGGUCGAAGAAUCGGUGGACACAAAAACACGAGAACUAUCAGACAACAGCCCUGUCCUCGUUACGUCUGCCGACGCAGUAGUUACAUCAGCCGCAGUGGUUGGGAUUGGCGUCUCAACAGGUGAUUGCCUGGUUGGGUUGCUGUUGGAGCUAAUAGAUCGCGCGCUUCUCGUGAAGAUGCUAGAGCUGAGUGAGAACUGA